AAAGUAGCCCAUAUAAGUGAAGUGAUUUUACCGGUAUUAGCCAUCUUCUAUAGAAGGUGUUUGUUCUCCUAUCUUUCUCCACUGCCAUUAUAACGUGGACCUCACUAUAGUGGGUUUGGCUGGAAGGUAGUUGACUUGCCAUUCCAGUAAUACUGGGACUGGGGUGCGGUGAGAGGAGAUUUGCUAACCUAGUUUGUGCUAAUGUGGUGGUGUGUGCUGGUGUCGCUGGUGUCUGUGGUGGUGGCAAUGCAGCGGUGCAGAACGAGCGGCAACCUCGCAACACGGCCACCAUUCGACCCGAGUCGCUCGUCGACAUGGACCACGAACGAGCACUACGCGAGGCUGCAGUCGCUGUCGGAGUUUUCGGUCCACCAGUGUCGGUUGCUCUGGGUCUCCCCCCUGUGCGCUAUCAGACGGCCAUUCCACCUCCCCUCUCCACACCCCCUUCACCACCAGAAAGCAACAACAACAAUAACAACAAAGAAGAACCGGAUGAUGAAGACAGCAUCGAUGUGACAAACGAGGAACCACCCCCGCCUCCGACGCCUUGCAGCGUAACAGGGGGUGGGGGUGGAGGUCUGCCGCCUCCGGCAACUCUGCCCCCGGAACACCACGUGUUGUAUCCGCCCGUACACGAGACCAUCUACGAGACCUCAGCCCGUCUACUCUUUAUGGCCGUCAAGUGGGCCAAAAAUCUGCCCUCUUUUGCAUCGCUACCAUUUCGCGACCAGGUGAUCCUGUUGGAGGAGUGUUGGUCGCAACUAUUCCUGCUGAACGCAAUUCAGUGGUGUUUGCCGCUGGAUUCGUCCCCCCUGUUCAGCGUGUCCGAACACCUGGCGUCGACCCCCAACGGCGGCAACUGCAAGGCCAGUCAGCUGGCAGCCGACGUCAGGGAGCUCAACGACACGCUGCUGCGUUACCGCUCCGUUGGCGUCGAUCCGGCCGAGUUCGCUUGCUUGAAAGCCAUCGUGCUCUUCAGACCAGAGACGAGAGGCCUGAAGGACCCACUGCAAGUGGACAACCUACAAGAGCAAGCGCAAGUGAUGCUAGGCCAGCACACAAGGGGGCAGCACCCGACACAGUGUGCGCGCUUCGGCCGCCUUCUACUCAUGCUGCCCCUACUGCGUCACGUCCCCACCACCCGGAUAGAGCUCAUCUUCUUUCAACGAACCAUAGGCAACACGCCUAUGGAGAAAGUCCUCUGCGACAUGUAUAAAAACUAGAUGUAUAGAACGCGCCAAACACAUUUGCAACAAUCUCAACAAUUUUUAUAUUAUUGUUGUUAAACUAUUCAACUAUCUAUCGUGUAAUGAUAUUGAAUCUUUCGAUCAUCUUGAGCUAUAUAGUGAGAUUGACGUUGUAAAGUCAGCACAUGAUUAAAAUUGGUUGACUUUUUGUGUAGUUGAGAAGUUUAUAUUGUGGUAAUUAUUCAUAUUGAAUGAAAAUGACUAAGAAAUUGUCAAAAACUACAGAUUUAUUGAUACUU